CAUUAACUGGUUGGCCAGGGUGCGAUACGGGUGUUUCCGUUUUAGAUCCAUCAAUAACUGAGCACUUCAUCAAUUCCUGGCUCAACGAUCCACUCAAGAUGGAACACUCACGGGAUUCUCCCAUCGUUCCAGUCCCCAUCUGAACUGAACUAGACGUGACCUUAAAGCUGUAAAUAGCAGCUCCCAGCAUGUUUCGCAGCGUCAGCCAUGGUAUUAAAGUGCCUCUCAGAUUCUUCUUUGGUUCCGGUUCCUCGCGAUUUCUUGAGCCUGUGCUCAGCCUCCAUACAUCGUCGCAACAGUGUCCCAGCUCAAAAACAUAUUUUUGUUUCUCAUUCUGUCGGCACUUUCUAUUGAGCUGUGCUCUACAAGAUGUCCGAGUUGUUUCUGUGCCUCCUUUCGCUGAGUCUGUUACUGAAGGAGAUAUCGUCUGGAAAAAGUCCAUCGGGGAUCAUGUGAAUGAGGACGAUGUCAUCGCUGAGAUCGAAACGGAUAAAACCAAUGUUCCUGUUCCUGCACCUUGCUCUGGAGUCAUAUCAGAGCUGCUGGUAGAUGAUGGCAGUAGGGUUGUGCCUGGGCAGCAAAUUUUCAAAAUAGAUGAAAGCUCUCCAUCCGCUCCUCCUCCUCCUCCCGCGGCUGAUGUUGCUACUGGACCCACUCCGCAUGCUCCCCCAGUUGACUCCACUCCUAAACCAUCACCAAAGCCCUUGGAACUGCCAUCUCAAACUACACCCUCUCGGACGCCUGAACCAGCACAGAAACCAGUUGCUCCAGCGCCAUCGGCCGCCCAUCCGUCUAUUGCGGAAGACCUCGGCUCACUCGCUGGGUCACGUGCUGAGCAAAGGGUCAAGAUGAGCCGAAUGCGUAUUCGUAUCGCGCAGCGCUUGAAGGAUGCGCAGAACACUUGCGCCAUGCUAACAACCUUCAACGAAGUGGACAUGUCCAACCUGAUUGAUUUGCGUAAUACAUAUAAAGAAGUAUUUCUCAAAAAGCACGGGGUUAAAUUGGGCAUCAUGUCCACGUUUGCCAAAGCCUGCACAGUCGCCCUUAAAGAUCAGCCUGCGGUCAACGCUGUGAUUGACGGAACUGAUAUCAUCUACCGGGAUUAUAUUGAUAUUAGCAUUGCAGUCGCCACUCCGAAGGGUCUGGUUGUACCUGUCUUGCGUAAUGUGGACAAAAUGAACUAUUUUGAUAUCGAGCGCGAGAUCGUGGAUCUGGGGAAAAGAGCGAGAGACGGCACGUUGGCUGUCGAAGACAUGGAUGGUGGUACCUUUACCAUCAGUAAUGGUGGUGUUUAUGGCUCUUUGUUCGGCACUCCGAUUAUCAACCCUCCCCAGUCGGCCAUUCUUGGCUUGUAUGGAGUUUUCGACCGACCUGUUGCGCGAAGUGGUCAAGUGGUUAUUCGUCCCAUGAUGUAUGUUGCAUUGAGCUAUGAUCAUCGCUUGAUUGACGGGCGCGAAGCUGUCACGUUUUUGAAGAAAAUAAAGGAAUUUGUCGAGGAUCCCCGCACAUUUUUCCUACAACUUUAAUUGCUCUUGACAACGUUGCCUACUAUAUCCAUCUUGCGAUUUUUCCCACUGUUUCGUGUUUUCAGAGAAAUUAGCCGCUCAUCUGUCUUUUCAGGUACUCUGUAGCUUAUUUUUUUCGGACACUUUCCGACCGGUUUAUCUGUAAACUUACUUCUCUUCACGGUAUUACUAAAAGUCGCGUUCCUUUUACCCUUCAGGUCCGACCGGUCAAGACCGUGCAUUUGAGCGCUUUUGAAGCAACACCUAUAGAGCGUUCACAUAUCUCGACAUGCCUUCACUUGAUCUUGACUUUCUAGGUGCGUUGUGUAGUCUUCACACCGUUUCCCAUUUAAUUAUCUGUUCACUUUCGGCUGUUUGCCACCGGUUUCGUCCUUUUCGCGUACCAUACGACUGUCCUCUUGGAUUGAACUCAGAUAGUACAAAGGUUGUGAUUAGCUCGCACUUCAUCCUACUAGCUAUGGUUUUCUCUCACGGUGCACCGGCUUCUCGAAUCACAUUACAAAUCCGAAUAUUAAGCCAAUCUUUCGAGUUCAUCCCCCACUCAGCAAACUAACGUUUUGCUCGCUGUGUUAUCGGUUAAGCUGCGGAGGUUGAAUCCUCAAACUAGAUCCCAACUUCCGGAAUUAACGACCAUCUACCGAAGUAGUGUUAUUCCUUUAUCCCUUUUCGCUGGUCACUCUCUCCCAAUUAACGGAAUAUACAUC